AUGCGCACGGCGAGGCGAGCGAGCGCCGUCGAGGUGCCGUCCUUCCUCCGCCAGCUGGCGCGCGAGACCGAGCGCAUGGUCACCUUCUUCUUCCGGGCGGGCGUCGGCGGCGGGUCCCCUCGGGAAAGCGGCGCCGAGGACGACCCCGACGACGACGAGGACUCCAUGCCCAGCCCCUACCUGGACCGCCCGCUGCUGGCCAAGCACACGGAGGAGGGCGGCUCCAGGUGGGGCCUGAACUACGCCAUGGCCAACAUGCAGGGCUGGCGGGCGCAGAUGGAGGACGCCCACUCUUGCAUGCCCGAGCUGCAUGGCGAGCUGGAAGAGUGGGGCUACUUCGCCGUGUUCGACGGGCACGCUGGGACCACCACGGCGCAGUACUGCGCCCAAAACCUGCUGCGGCAGAUCAUGGCCACAGGGGGCAUUAAGACGGAGGAGGACCCCGAGAAGGUGAAGGAGGGGAUCCGCGAGGGCUUCCUGGCCAUCGACCAGCACAUGCACGAGGUGGCGCGCCGCGACAACUGGGACCACAGCGGCUCCACGGCAACCGCGGUGAUGAUCUCGCCGCGCCACGUGUACUUCAUCAACUGCGGCGACUCGCGGGCCUUCCUGUGCCGCGAGGGCCGCGUGGACUUCUACACCGAGGACCACAAGCCGAAUAACCCCCGCGAGCGCGAGCGCAUCCAGAACGCCGGCGGCUCCGUCACGCUGUCGCGCGUCAACGGCUCGCUGGCCGUCUCGCGCGCCCUCGGCGACUUCGGCUUCAAGGAGGUGGACUGGCGCUCGCAGACGGAGCAGCUGGUGUCGCCGGAGCCCGAGGUGUACGAGCUGGAGCGCUCCGAAGACGACGAGUUCCUGGUGGUGGCCUGCGACGGCGUGUGGGACGCCAUGAGCAACGAGGACCUCUGCGCCUUCGUGCGCUCGCGCAUGCAGGUGUGCGACGACCUCAGGGAGGUCUGCACGCAGGUCCUCGACCUCUGCCUCUACAAGGGCAGUCUGGAUAACAUGAGCAUCAUUAUCAUCAGCCUCCCCGGCGCCCCCCAGGUGUCACAAGAGGCAUUGCAGCAUGAGGCGGAGUUGGAGCAAGUCAUUGAUGUUAAAGUGGGAGAGGCUAUCCAGCUCCUGCAGUCCAGAAAUGAGGACCCUGACCUGCUCUAUGUCAUAAAGUUCCUGACUGCAGAAUAUAUCCCUGGGCUACCACAAGGGGGCGGUGUCACAAGCAAGAGAGACUGCGUAAUAGCUUCGUAUCAGAAACAUGCAGCCGCCUGCAAGGCUCAGGAGCCUAUGGAAACUGGAGGGUCCGAAGAGUCCAACCAGAGCAACUAGAGGCGGUUCCCCUGGAAACAGAAUCGGAGGCAUCGCGUCUCUAUAGCAACAUUUUCAUGUUGGAAACCCGGAGAUUUUGAGUUGUCACCAGACAAAGAGGCUAAAAAAAAAGAAACAAAACUCAAAUCUAUAAUGAGCAACUAACUUCUGCCAUUUACACUCGUACAACAGACAGAGACCCUUCAUACCACUGCUGCAUCCUCUCCACACAACCCUGGACCGACACACUGCCACACUCUCACCUAGAAGACUAACCUGUCUUAAAAGCUCAGCUCAGUGCCUGUUCAGUUGUAUACACACAGCAGAUACACAUCACACACACAAACACACACAGACACACACACAGACACACACACAGACACACACACACAC